AUGACAGUGACCAACAACUCAGUAAUGGAACAGAGGGUCACAAUGACUGUGGACAAUCAGCAGGCCUUUUUACUGGAGAAUGUCCCCUGUAAUAAUGCAAGCUGUGAGGAGGCACAUCGUAUGUUUAAAGUCUACUGGGAGCUGUCGGACCUAAAUCAAAUCAGGGAUGCUAUGGUUGCCACCUUCUUUGACAUUUACGAAGAUGGAAUCUUGGACAUUGUGGUACUAAGUAAAGGAUAUACAAAGAAUGAUUUUGCCAUCCAUACACUAAAAAACAACUUUGAAGCAGAUGCUUAUUUUGUUAAAGUCAUUGUUCUUAGUGGUCUGUGUUCUAAUGACUGUCCUCGUAAAAUAACGCCCUUUGGAGUGAAUCAGCCUGGACCUUAUAUCAUGUAUACAACUGUAGAUGCAAAUGGGUAUCUGAAAAAUGGCUCAG